CUCGACUCACUGAACUCCUCGUAGAUGAGAUACCUAAGUCCCUCUGGUUGUGUACAAUGGAUUCCAAGUCCUUUAGAAAGCUAAGACACUAUCCAGCAUCCCGUAUGGUAUCCAAGACGCUGAGUAUCAAAAUUCAAGGGGUUUCUCCUGUUAUGUUGUUCUGUCCUCGUUUCUCAUCAUCUCAUACCUACCUAUGGUCCACUUCUACCUUUCGUUCCACUCUUCAUUUCGCUUUGGACUUCAUUUGGUCAUUAGUUCACUGUUCACUGUUUACUGUUUACUUAGGUCCCCCCCCGGGUCUCCGCUUGUAUUUCAACGUCACCAACUCACCGAUAUCCCAUUUUCCCUCCUCGACAAUGGCCCAGGUCAGCCAGCACAUGAAAAAUGCCAUUGAAUAUGCUGAGAGGUUCCGAGCGAUGUGUCCCAUGGAUGACAAAUUUCCCCCGAAAAUUAAAGCCAGAUGAUGGAACGAUGGUCACGAAAGUCGUCUCCCGUAGUAUUUCCUACUACUACACGACGAAGGUGUUCAUAAAGAGGCAACCUCGUGACGAUGAGUG